AUGCCGAAGUUAAAAAUUAUCAAGACAGAACAGAUCCCGAAGGUGGAGGAAGUGCGAGUAAAACAAAAGCGUAAAAAUUCACACCCAGUGCGUACGUACUUUGAGCGCCAGAACGAUACGCAGCAGAAGUGCCGCUUUUGUGGUUGGCUUACGAGAGAAAAUGCAACGAGAAUGGUGGCUCAUAUAGUGCAUCGGUGUAAAAACUCAUCUGCACAAGCUCGAGAGGACAUGAACGACACGCUACAGGACGCCGAAGAACGGGAACGGGAAUCGUCGUUUACGAACUUCAACAAGAAGGACAUCCACAAUCUGUUCAACUCAAUCGAUAACGAUCGCAAACGAGAGUGUGUGUUCUGCAAGUGGACUACGAUUCGAAAUCUAACACGGAUGCGCAACCACAUCAUGCAGCUGUGCAUCCUGGUGCCGCCAGAAAUACGAGCACGGUUUCUGAAGCAGGAAUACCCCGAAGAGCAAUGUGACUCGUACUGUAUCAUUAACGUGGAGGGAGAUGAUCGGAAAGAGCUUCACAUCGUCUCUAGUACCUCACUGAAAAAUUCUAGUAACAUGGAGGUAAUGGACGAAGUAACCAUCAAUACAAUAGAUUACGAUAACCAAGAGGAAACGUACAAUGUAAUAGGUUCCGUCGAAUCGGAUACGGAACAAGCGGCGGAUACCCAGGAACGGAUGGAGACAGUGGCAAAUACGAAGCAGUUUUUAAAUACCCACGCACAAGUCGUGCAAGAGAUCGAAGUUGGUGUUCCUAGCGACGAGGAAGAAGUGGAAGAGGAUUGUGAGGACAUGGAAUACGUCACUGACCAGGAUGACUACUAUACGGUAAAGGAAUUGGAUGAAAAGUCCAUAGUGAAACAUGUAGAGAAGGUGCCUUCUCCCAAAGAUCGAAAAGUGAACAGGGAUGUUCCUAUGGACAAAAAGAUCAUCAACGUUAGCUCGCAACGGCUGAAUCACAAACAUAAAAUGGCGAAAUUUUCGUCGAACAUUAGUGUUACCGGCGUUGCCGCCUGUUGCUUACUGUUUUGGUGUGCCAUUAUUGUACAGGAAAGUCGCGCAGCAGUCCCGGAGGAUGGAGGUUCCUGCCAUUCGUUCGGCGGUGGGCACGUUUACCCGCAAGAAGCCGCCCGGUUCGUCGAUCAUAAGCUGCAGUACACGAAGGCGCUCAUUUCGCGUCCUGCUCCGGAAUUUGAGGCUACUGCCGUGGUGGAUGGAGCCUUUAAAAAGAUAAAGCUCUCGGACUACCGUGGAAAGUAUUUGGUGUUUUUCUUCUACCCGCUUGACUUCACCUUCGUGUGUCCUACGGAAAUUCUCGCCUUCUCUGAUCGCGUGGCUGAGUUCAAGAAACUAAAUGCUGAAGUAAUUGCCGCCAGUAUCGAUUCGCACUUCACUCACCUGGCAUGGAUCAAUACGCCGCGCAAGGAAGGCGGAUUAGGAAAGAUUAACAUUCCACUGGUCAGUGAUAUUACACACAACAUUUCGAAGGACUAUGGUGUAUUUUUGGAUGAUCUAGGACACACGCUUCGAGGUCUGUUCAUUAUCGAUGAUCGAGGCGUUCUCAGACAGAUCACCAUGAACGAUUUACCGGUCGGACGAUCGGUAGAUGAAACUCUUCGGCUAGUGCAGGCAUUCCAGUACACGGAUAAGCACGGCGAGGUGUGUCCAGCUGGAUGGGUGCCAGGACAAGAUACGAUUGUGCCCAACCCGAAAGAAAAAAUGAAGUAUUUUGAGAAAAAUAAUUGAUGAACGAGUGGUUAUAUUUCAAUGCUGGUUUUAGGUCGGGAAAACUGUAAACAAAAGAAUGCUUUCUAAAUAAAAAUUUUACCUA